UUUAUAACCUUAUAAUCAACGGGCCUAUAUUUUAGUGAUAGUUUGAUAUUGGUUUCCUCUAGAAACAUAAUUUUCAACAACAGACCUUCAAAUAUUUUUAAAAUGCAUUCCAGCCAGAGGGAUUAUCUGCAUCAUGCUCUUCACUGCUUGCUACACAAGUUAUGUGUGUCGAUUGCAGAUGCCUAUUUUAGCAAUCUCUAUGAUCAAUACCACAGAAGCGGAUGGAGCAGAUGUUCAUAGAGCAUUUAGUUUUUUCUCUAGCAAACCCUUUUAUUGGUCAAAUCAUAUGAGAGGACAAGUAAUAGCUGCGUACGGUUAUGGAAAUGUCAUUGGAAACUUACUUGGUGGUAUCAUGGCUCUAAAGUACGGUCCUCGAAGAGCGAUUCUUUGGACAUCCCUUAUAUCAGCAACUAUAUGUUUGAUGUCACCAAUUAUAGCACAAGCACAUUAUGGUGCUUUGAUUUUAUCGAGAAUAAUUGUAGGACUUGCUGGAGGAGUUACACUGCCAGCGUGUCAUACUAUGGUGGCUAGAUGGGCACCGCUAAAUGAAAGAAGCAGAUUUGUUUGGUCCUUACAAGGUGGUUCGUUGGGUACAAUUAUUACAAUGCCAAUGGUCUCCGCAAUUGCUGAACAUAUUAAUUGGGAAACUGGGUGGUACUUACCAUCUUUAUUUAUGUUCUUAUGGAUUGUUGCAUGGACACUUUUUGCAUACAACUCACCUGGAGAACACCCCUUUAUUACAAAGGAAGAGAAAGAAUAUAUUUUAACAGGACAGGAGAGCACCGGACAAAAUCGACAACAUACCCUAAAGGAAAUUCCAGUGUUAGCAAUAAUUACAUCAGUACCAUUUCUCUGCCUAGUAAUUUGCCACUUUGGAAACCUGUUUCUUUUGUCCUUCUAUCAAAACUCAAUUAUGCUUUAUCUUACGCAAGCUUUGGACUUGACUCUCACAAAAGGCGGAUUUAUGUCUGCAUUACCUCCGCUAGGACGCAUGCUGUUUGCAUUUUUCUUCAGUUGGGCAGGAGACACAGUCAUGAGAAAGAAACUGAUGUCCUUAACAGCACUUAGAAAGUGUGCUAGUAUUUUCUCGCACUUAGUGCCUGGAUUUUUUUUGAUACUUUUGGGUUUUUUGGUAACUAACCAAGACGAUGACCAGCUGUUACUGGCUAACACAUUCCUAAUUUUGGCAUUCAGUUUUAAUGGAGCAGCAGUCAUAGUGAACUUAUCAAAUAAUCAAGAUCUAUCGCCAAACUAUGCAGGAUUUCUCUAUGGCAUCAUGAAUACAAUAGGAUUUACGGCUGGGAUUAUCGUUCCUAUUCUCGUAGAGGCUAUAGCAGGAGCGCAUACAAUUGAACAAUGGCAAAAAGUUUUUUGCAUUGGUGCAAGCAUAUGCGUUCUAAGCAUGAUUAUUUUCAUUCUUGGAGGAAGCGGAAAUGUACAAAAAUGGAAUGACAACAAUGUAUCAGAAGACGUGACAACAUAAUCAGUUGAAAAUAGUAUAAAAGGCAGAAGAUAAAAUAGUUUUAAGAACAAAAUAAAAUAAAUUUUCAAAAAGUUCAAUAAUUUUAGAGCAUAUUCCACUGGUUACACUAGUUCUUCACUUGGCGUACGCAUUUUUUUGUCAAUCUGAAAGACAAAAAAAACCAGAAAAAGUGAUUUCAAAAAGCCAAACAAAUUUCUAACAUACUUGUUCAGUAUUAGUUUUUCCACACGCCCUCAUCGAGCUGGUGUAGAAAAACGACACAUUAACUUUUUACAGCGUCGUUUGACUUUAAAAAAUUUUUUUUGUUCUUUUUUCUUUAUUCUGUCGAAUUUAUAAACUAAACACACAAAAAUUCUAAAAUAUUUACACUGUGUAAAGAACUAGUGCAUAAACAUAGAUUCCAGGGAGUGAAACAUUCCUAAUCCUUGUUCAUACAACGUUCUUUGAGCCGAUGCUUGAAAUAUUGAAUACUGGAUUACUUAUUAUUUUGUUUAUAUACAUAUCCCCUCAACUUUUGUUACUUUUGUUAACUUAUAGUUAUAUCCGA